CAGGAAUAUUUCUUCAUCUUGAAGAUAAAGCAAAAAUCUUUUGGAGUAGAUGGGUUUUUGACAUUUUCUGUGAACUAAAAAGAUUCAAUGUCUCUCUUGGAUUGUUUCUGCACUUCACGAACACAAGUUGAAUCACUCAGACCUGAAAAACAGUCUGAAACCAAUAUCCAUCAAUACUUGGUUGAUGAGCCAGCCUUUUCCCGAUUGCCUCCAACCACUAGAGCCAAGGAUGUGAUCUGUUCCACCAAUGUUUCUCACUAUGAACUCCAAGUGGAAAUAGGAAGAGGUUUUGACAACUUGACAACUGUCCAUCUUGCCCGUCAUACUCCCACAGGAACACUGGUGACUAUAAAAAUUACAAAUCUAGAAAACUGCACUGAUGAACUCCUGAAAGCUUUACAGAAAGCAGUGAUUCUAUCUCACUUUUUCCGGCAUCUCAAUAUUACAACUUACUGGACUGUUUUUACUGUUGGCAUGCUUUGGGUUAUUUCUCCGUUUAUGGUUUAUGGUUCGGCAAGUCAACUUUUGAAGACUUACUUUCCUGAAGGGAUGAGUGAAACUUUAAUAAGAAACAUUCUCUUUGGAGCAGUGAGAGGGUUGAGCUAUCUGCAUCAAAAUGGCUGUAUUCACAGGAGUAUUAAAGCCAGCCAUAUCCUCAUUUCUGGUGAUGGCCUAGUGACCCUCUCUGGCCUGUCCCACCUGCAUAGUUUGGUUAAGCACGUACAGAGACAUAAGGCUGUGUAUGAGUUCCCACAGUUCAGCACAUCAGUGCAGCCGUGGCUGAGCCCAGAA